CGAUCCUCUAAAUAAUAAGUCUAUUUUAAUUUCCUUUCAGUACUUUUUUCUUCAUCUAAUUAGCAACAAAAAUCUGUGGAAGCUCACCGGACAAGAGAAUGGAGGUCGGCGGCUGCGGCGGCAAAGAGAAAGGGGCAGCGGUGGCGAAGAGGCAAAAUAUAAGGUGGGCGGACUUCUCUUUGAGGCUUCUGGCCUUUGCCAACACCCUUGCGGCGGCGCUAGUUCUUGGGUUGGACAGGCAGAGUAAGGAGGUAUCCAUGCAGGUUUUCCCCACACUUCCGCCGGUGAGUAUUCCGGUCACGGCCAAGUGGAAAUACAUGUCCGCCUUCGUGUACUUUGUGGUGGUGAAUGGCAUUGCAUGUGGGUACGCGGCCGUCUCUCUGGCCAUAAUAUGGGUAGAUAAUAAUAGGGGACAAAAUAGCGGUCGCGCCACCACGUCAUCGGCCGCCUUGAUGCUCCUCCUAUUUGACCUACUAAUGGUGGUGGUGCUCUUUUCCGGCGUCGGAGCCGCCACCGCCGUUGGCCUUUUGGGCUUCUAUGGCAACUCCCAUGUGCGGUGGAACAAGGUGUGCAACGUCUUCGGAAUAUUUUGCGCAAAAGUCGGCGGUGCUAUAACGGUUUCGCUCCUCGGCGCCACCUUGUUUCUCUUGCUUGUUGUACUUGCUACCUUAAAGCUUCACAAUAACAAUAAGCAUCCUUAGUUAGAUUUGUCCGAUGUAUAAUUUCCGAAUAUGUUUUACAUUUCUGUUUCUUUUUUUUUUCUUUAUUUCGAGAUCGAUCUCCUUUCGUUAGUUACAAUUGAUUGGGAUAAUAUAUAUGCAUGUAUUGGGUAAUAAUGAAAUAAUCAAGUUUCAUCACAUAC